GUCCCUGUCUUUUCCCGCUCGAAAAGCAGCUAGGUACUCCAUUUCGUCGAACGUUUCUAGUCGAUUCUAUGCAUCGAUGGUAGGAAAUCGAGGAUGGAGCUCGACGGGGAAACCGCGUCCGCGACCUUUUAUCUCGCAGGCUCCGACGAGUUUUACCUCGGAACGGAUGCGCGACGUUACCGCCUUAGGACCGAGCUCUACUCGACGCUCGAGUCGGGAAAUCUAAUGACGGACCGAUCGACGUCGGACGAAGCAGGCCGAACGUUGCCACGGCGGCGCGCCUCUUCUUCGUCGAUUCGUCGAAAGAAUUCGCAAGAGGAAAAAGACGCUCCGAUCGACGCGCCGUUCGUCUUACCUCGGCCUACGAUUCGAGUCUACGAGAAGGACAUUUGUUUCGACCUUCCGGCUCUUAUCGCGUAAGCAAAAUCGGACGCGUCGAGUCGAUGCGCGUGCGAGCGUGAAAACUCUCUUAGAUCCGGCGCGCUAGGUGCGCUCUGGCCGCCCCCAGCUCGUUCGCAAUAAUUUCUAUCGUUCGAUAUGACGGAUCGGUAGGAUAAGGCCCGUGUAUACACGUAUAUACGUAUGCACGUAUGCAUUCGCCGGCAGGACGUCGCAAACGUUUCUUGGGCUUCGCUCUACCGCGCGACGACGUAACCCUUGCGGACGGAUCUCGUAUCUUCUUCGUUCGCGACGGACUCGGGGACGUUUUCUCGCCCUCUCUCGCGUCUCUUCGGGAUUAUUCUCGGAGAAAGUUUUCUGCCGCUGCGCAAUGGUCCGUAUCGUCCUCGUAUCUCGCACGACGAUAAGUCAAAAAUCGACUCGCUUAGAGGAUUCGGUAUAGAAACUCGUUCUUCUCUUAUUCGCUUCAUCGCUCGAAAGUAGAGUCUUAAAUCGCGUCGUCCGCCUCGACCGACAGCGUUUCCGUUUCCUUUUUUCCUUCUGGUCGUUGGGUCAAAAAGCGAGUGUCGUUAUUCCGGCGUAAUUCGCUUCGAGCGAGGAACUCGUCGUUUGCUCGUUGCACGGCGAGGGAACCCCGCCGCCGUUCCCAAUCGUCGAGCGCGACCGGCCGCUCUCGGUAGCGUCCCGAAUAACGCGACUCAUAGGGCUACCUGUGAGAAAGAGAAAAGGGGAGAACGGCGGAGCGUCCGAGGACGCUCGCUUUUGACGCGGCUGGCGAGUUUCGUGCUUCGUAUUUAAACGUAUGCGCGGAGUGUACGUAUGCACGCGCGGACCUCGUGCAUGUAUUUAGCGUAUACCCGUAACGUAGUUAACGUUUUCUUACGCGUACAGUGCGCUCACGCGCUUACUUUCGCAUCGUUGCCUUUCACUCGGACGACUUACCGACCGUCGUCCGUUUUACGCGAGCCUUUAUCCGCGCUUUAUUCGUGCCGCUGUAACCGUUGUCGUCCUUUACCACCCGUCGCUCCUUCUCUCCUUUUAUCGGGCAAAUUAAUCGCGUCUAAAAGGGGGAAGGCUCCGUCGAAGGAGGAAGCGAGAACGUUGAUCGUCAACGCGCGCGAUCGAUGCGGCGAGAAAGGAAAUAGUUCGAUCCCGCGUCGCAGCGACGCUCGUUGGACGCUUCUCGUUGCUCGCGCGGCUGCCUCUCCUCUCGGCAACGACGGACGCGAAACGUCGCUCCUUGCCGUAACAGUUACUUUUACGCGUGACCCACUUCCAGCCAUUCCAGCGGUCGAAUCUAAGCGCGGCUCGCGACUACAAGUGGGUCGAACGAUCCGAGCGAGAAUCCUCUCUUGGCCUCGGCGUCGAGCUCGACGAUUAUAUCGCGAUUAUCGUCGAUUAGCGCGACGCGUCGCCAAACGAGAGAGGAGUUUCUUCGUCGCGACGACGAUCGCGGAAAGAUCCAAGGGACGCGCGAGAGAAGAUCUGAGAGAUUUUGUGCUCGUGGUCACGAGCCCCCAAGGUCGCCGCUCCUCGCUUCUCCGUCGGUCGCGCGAGAUUCGCCGAAUUGCUGCGGCCCUCGAAAGCUCUCGGGAAAGAAAAAGGUCUCAAGGAAGAAAUGAUCCUAUCGAUCCGCGAUAACGGAUUGAUCUUUCUACGGAGCCGAGUGAUACCAUUAGAGGACGAUGUUAUUUAACUUUUAGGUAAAACGCGAUACCGCGCCGUCCGUCCGUACUUCCCUCGCUCUUUCCCUCGCUCUUCCUUCCGACGCCUCUCCGAACGGACGGCAGAAAUCGCGUAAAUUUUUGUAGCUUCGCGACGACUCGCGAGGGAUACGUUAGACGCCUACGGAUCUAUCUUCCGCUUCUAUUCCAGUCGCUAAACGAGAGGCAAUUAGACCUAAUUAGCGAUUCGUACAGGUAAAUACUCGUAUUCGAAUGUCGCGUAAAUAAAUACCUCGGGAGAGCGACGAAGCACGAUUGCCAAGAUACCGGCAAUUUCUUUCGACGCGAAAAAUCGCGACCGCGAUCUUUUCCGUAUCUCUCGCGACUGAAAAACAAAGGGUGCUUGUCCUUGAACGGGGAAAGUCGGCGACUUUGAGAGCGGAUCGGCGAGGAUCGAUAGUCUCGUUCCAAGUACGUAAUACGUAUGAAAAUACGUCGGGCGAAACGGAAGGAGAAGGCGUCUAAAAGGUGGAACCGCCCUUUCGAAUUUAGGACGAUCGAUCGACGCCGGUCGUAAUAGCGUGCGAAGCCGCGGCCAAUCGAAAUCGCUAGACGGCCAUUCCCCGUAGGCGGCGCGCCGCGCCGUUCGGAGCGAAACCCGCUACGAACACGGUUUUGCGACAGUUUCAAAUAGGAUUUCCCUUCGGCGUAAGCAACGAUACUCGAAGAAUGGUACGACCUAUCUUCCAUCGUCCCGUCUUCCUAUAGCAUCUUCUACUCGGAAGAGAAAUGCGUUUGACGCCGUAAAUCCGAUAUCGGUUAAUAUUCGGGCUCCUACGAACUGAUACGAACGCGAAGAAGCUCCUAAUCGUAGUUUCUAUUUUCCAAAGACUUCUCGUCGCAGGCGUCCUAGGUCGGGAACCUACGAACGAACUCUCUUCCUCCUCCCACGACGAUGCGCCUUUGUGCGGAGCUUUUCCCCUUGGACGCGCGAGCGCGCUCUCGCACCCGACUGCUCUUUGCGUAUGUAUAGACGCGAGAGUGCAAAGGAUAGCGAGAGACUCUACACGGAAGAUCGUUAGACUCCUCGCGCGUGCGCGUGCACGCACGCCGUAGAGACGCGUAAAUAACACGCGUGCGAGUUCGAUUUCAAACGCGCCUCGCGGCUAAUCUAGCGACACGAACAGUUGCGCGCUAGUUUUCAAUCAACCGCGAGAAGUAUAUGCUUGUACGGUUGUUCUCUCUCCUCAUCUUCGUCGGUGGGUCUCUCCGUACGACGGGUUACGAAUAUAUCAAACUUUUGCUCUUACUCCUCGUACCGCUUCUCCACGAUUUUUAUCGUCGAUUAUCUCUCCUUCUCGAAAGAUAUACCGAAAAUCGGAACUCGAACGCCUCCAACGUUCCUUCUAAAUUUGCUUUCGAGCUCUCGACUUUAUCGCGUUUAUUGUUUUCCAGUGACACCGUAUUAACGACGAUACGACGGUAUCGAUGAAUUUACGUAAUCGAGACGAUAGUCGCGCUCGUGCUACGUAUUUCUUGUACGCGACGAGCAACUUCGUUCGUUAGCAGCAACUUGUUAUCGGCCCAUAGCAGCGAUUGAAAAAAAUAAUAAUCGCGAAAAUAAAACAUAGAGCGAGACAUUUGACGGAAACGAUAUCAAAGUUUACUACCGAUAACUAUAUAUAUUUAUAUAUAUGGAGGGGCGGAGGGGAGGAGGUCGCAUUUAAAUCUUUUCGCUCCGAACGGCCAAUGCGAAGAGCCUAUAUGCAAUGUACUUGUGUGUAAAAAUGGUCGAAAAAUUGACUGUCGAUGAUCGAAUAAAGCAUCGAGCACGCGUAAGCACGCGCGCGUUAGCGACGAUUUGUCCACGGCGUUGUUCCGUUUCAUGGCGAACGCAUUGUUUCGCGAGAAAGUCUGAAAAGUCUGUCGUUCGAACAACGUUGAAAUAUAUUUUUUUUUCUCCUAUUUCUCUUAAUCGAAGAACGGCGGAAAUUUUGAAACGCGAUCAACGAAGAAAGAGAUCGAAGACGUUCUACGAAAAGAUCGAUAGCGAGUAAUUUAUACGACCGUUACGCGGUUCCGUCGAGCGCGCAAUUAGCGUCGACUCCGCGCGAACGUUCGCGCUCCUUCGUUUCUCACGCGGCUCGUUACAUCUUUCGACGCGAUAUUUCGUUGUCUUAAGAAAGACCACGAUUAGAAAUUCGAGUAAGGUGCGAAGGUGAUUCGAAGGUAAUCGUUAAUCUCUAAGGAUCGAAACGUCUCGCUCUCUCGUGAAAAUACCGUUAAAAGAUUCGACGUUCGUACGUCGUUCUAACGGCCUAUCUCGCCCAUAAGAAAUAGACGAAAUUUAUCGAAGAACGGUAUUCGGUGACGUAACGCGCGUGGUUCUUUUCAAACGAUCCGAUCGCGGUUACGGGUUACGCUUCUUUCUUCGGUUUGUGAGGCCGUUCGACGCCAUCGAUGUGUUUCUAAUGUCAGAACGUUUUGCGACAAGAAUUCGAUGAAAAUCGAAAAAGAAGAUAGAACCUUUGAAAGCUUCUCGCUUUCAAAGUCCUCGAGUGAAAUUCGUGCAAGGUCGCAAAGUCUCCUCGGUGCGAACGAUUUAGACCGGAAAUUCCGGAGGCGAUCGUGCGAGCGUCGAUCGUUCGCACGCACACGCGCGCUCGUAUAAUUCUCUCGCUUCCCCCUCCCCCCCCCCCCCCCUCUAGUUUCCAUUCAUAGCGUAACCUACACUCCUCUCUUUUCAACUACGACACCUUUUCCUUCUUCCUUCUAGCUCGACUGCAACGGUGCGAUUACUGAAAUUCCGAAUUCAUUAGCGGCGAAUGACUUUCACUUUGCUCACGCGACACGCGUCGUACUCAUUUCUCACGGGCUUUAACGACAAAUUGCGUCUGAAUUAUACUCGAAUUUCUCCAUUUCCGAGUAAUCUCUUGUCACGCUCGAUGAAUUUCAACGUGUCAACGCGCGUAUCUAGUGAAAAGAAGAAAAGAUUUGCAAAAGAUAUAAAAACCAUAAAAAAAAAAAGGCGAGAAACUACGAAUCCCCUUUCUAGCGUUUGCGUCGGUGACUUCUCUUUUAAGAUCGCGAUCGGCGUAUACGACCGAUCGAUCGAUCGGUAAUCGAUACCGGGUUAAGGCGUUACGACCGGAAAUCGAAUAACGUGUCAGUGGGUCGAGGAACUCGAAACGACGUAUGUCGGCUCCAUCGUAUAGAUUCUUUUUCUUUUUCUUGGAAUGACGGGGAAAAUUGUCUAAUUUCUUUCUUCCGCUUCCUCGCUCCUCGAGUGCGAACCAAGACGUCGAUUUACUAGCAAAAUAUUUGCGUAAGCGCCGGACCAACCAGCGACUAGCCCGUACGCUUGGUCGUCCCCGACAACGAUUUUUUUUUCGAAAACAGACCUCGAGGCAAGCUUCUUCCGUAGAGGCGAUAAACUCGAAAAUUCUCGCUCGCCAGGCCUUUAAAGACCUUUUCAAAUUUCUCAGUCGUUGGCGUAUCAGCGAUAUCGAAACGCAAAACUUGUAUCAAGGCUUAUCGAUCGCGCGUAUAUACCGAAAGACGUACGAUACGUUUGUUGCACAAUUUUGCUAACGUAGCAAUAUGCUCCGACAACGACGAUGGCGACAUAAACGCGAGAAUAUCGCUUUGUUUCCAACGAUUUGACGCUUUAUCGCGAAACUUUCGAACGUCGCGUUCUCGAUCCAGCAACGCCUAACAUAUUUCGGCGAUACGAUACAAAUAAUUGAACAUCUAUUUAAUAUCGUUUAAUUCGUAAAGGACCAACGAUACGGAUAACGAAUCGAAAAGGCUCGAUAUCUCGACAAAAAGCAGUUGCGACGUUGCGCUUCACUAGAGAUAGAGAGAACGUUUUACGACCAUGUCGCGUACAUGUCGAUACUUUCCAAGAGAUCGUCGACGAUCGCGAAAGGAGCCUCUCGUGUCUUUUACGCGUCAUUUUUAGCCCGCGGCGCUGACACCUGCGAUUUCGAGCUUCGCGAACUCCUCUUUCCUUCGGUCGAUUUCGGAAAGAUAUCUUGCGGAUAUCUUGGAGAAUAACUCCAAUUCGAUGGAACGAAAGCAACGACGAAUAACGCGACUAAAAGUAACGCGAAUGGUGCAGAUAUGUGCGUGUACGUACACGUGUACCAAGUGUGCAAAAAAAAAUAUAUGUGUAUAUGCAUACGUGUGUCUACAUAUUUUUCCGAUGCGACAGAUAAGCGAAGCUUCGGAACAAACAAAUGAAACGCGAAAGAUUAUAUAAGUGAAAACGAUUGGCGGAGGUCACCGAUCGUCUUUCUCCGUUCGCAUUUUAUUCCGUCCCAACAAAGAAAAUCAUUCUUCGAUGCGACAAAAAGAAUUACAUUGAAUAAAGAAAGGAUGGAGAAAGAUUUGAAUCGUACGUAUCGUAUGCUCGUAGAACGAGAUACAUACGUAUACGUAUAAGCGCGAACGUUGGAAGGAGAACGAAGCCAAUGAUUAUACGAUAUGCGGGGAGAAGACGCGAGGGCUUCGUCCAAGCUCCUUUAUGUAAACCUUGAGCCUAGAUCCGGAUUCUUGAGUAGCGACGCGGGAACGAGGGAAAGAGAGAGAAAGAGAGAGGGUAACGCGUGCAACGAGCCAAAGAGAAAAGAAAGAGAAGAGAAGGGGUAAUACUUCUAUUCGAUGGAAGGGGAUGACCGAGAAAGGGGACAAGAGGAAGGGGGAAAUCAUACGGAAUCCACGCACUUUUAGAUCGGCCACGAGGGAAAAGCCAAGCACGUCGGCGAAAGUGUUCUCUUUGGUAUCGUCGACGAUCACCCGAGAGAGAGAGAGAGAGAGAGAAGCACGAAUUUAAUGGCGGGUCACGUCGAAGAAAGGGAGAGAGAGAGAGAGAGAGAAAUUGUCCGUAUCUUUCGCGAUCUUCGCCACGAUCGAUCGAUCGAAGCUACCUCUCGCGACUCUCGACUUUAAUGGAUAUCGUACCGACGCAAACGUAUCAACGUGUAUCUAUGUAAGAAGCGUAUGUAUUGUAAUAGAGGUACAUGUCGAAUACUAGCCAAUUAAAUGUUCUCUUUGGGGAACAAGUAACGAGGACACGCCCGUUCGGUUUAUUCGCAAAGUAGGAUUUGCGGUUUAAUUUUUCUUUUACCGAUUCGCUUCUUUCUUUCGACGUGCUUUCGAAACAUCGCUUUGAAACGGACAGGGAUUAUAGGAACGAUAGGACGUUAUCGCGAAAUCGUUACAAGCGACACGACGAUAUCGCUCGAGUCACGAGUAGAAUAACCGCGCGACGAUAAUACCUGCUUCCUAGUAUAACUAUCUGGGAUAAUUAUCCGUUCCCGCGAUGCCGUUUCGAGAUAAGAAAGAAAAACUCGAUUAUCGCCAAAAUAACGUAAAAAAAGGAAAAAAGGAAAAAAGAAAAAAAAAGCUGGUCGAAGGAUUCGGGAACGCGAGCCUUUCGACGUGGGCCUCUUGCGUACAUAUCGGCGUUCGUCGCGCAUCGAUAAAAAUGACCUCGUUUCUGUCAAACGGAGAUUAAGUAACCAUGUUCCAAGCCGCGCGUUAUACUUCCUUUCACUGACAGAACUCCGCGGUGCGCGCGCCUAAGAAUUGCGCCGCUUCACGGCGAGAGAGCGCACGGCCUCUACGUCUUCGACUUUACCACUUUGCUCGUUUGUGCGCGUGCCUCUUACGCAUCUCUUUUUAUUACUUAACAUUACUUUUACUUCGUACAUUUUUCGUUGAUCGUACAUCACGACUCCGUUAAGUCACUCGGAUUUCUUUGCGCGGAAGAUGGACGUACGAUGCGAGACGCCUAUACGAUGGCGAAUAAAAAAUCUAUCUAGUCAUUGCUAUUAUCUCUUUCUCUCCCACUUUGCUGUGGUAAUCUCUCUCUCUCUCUCUCUCUCUUGCCCCCCUUCUCCUUCUCCUUCCACGAUGCCGGAGGUAUGUAGGCUGUGCCACAUCCUUGCCCGGAAACCGUUACCUCGCUGGCUUUACACUCAAUGGAGCUCGCCAUACCGUUGUUUCCCAUACACGAAUUUCCUUUGCUACCUUCGUCGAUCGCAGAGUCGAGCGGAACUUCUUAUAGGGCACCGAUUCGGGAACUCGUCGCGUCGCGCGACGUCGCUUUUCAAGGACGCAAACUGCCUCCGUCGAAGACGCCACCUCCUACGGUCUCGGAAUUCGUCCUUGUCUCGUUUGCCUCGAGUGCCGCUUUUACGAAUCUUUGAUUUACGAGACGACGUUAAAAAAUUUAUCCGUCCUUCGACGUUCCCGUCGGAUCGUGGAAGAGAGACAAAAGAUUCGAUCGAGAGGAAUCGAGGAAGAGGUCGAUACGAAUCGCACGACGUUUAUUCAUCGCGGAGACACGCAUACCGCUCCUUCGAAAUCGCGCGUGCUCGAGGAAAGUGCUCGAGCGUCGUCCUUGGAUGUUGCCACGAUCGCUGCUUUCUACGCUCCUUUCCGUCCAAUCCUCUCUCCUAUUUUUCUUUUCAUUCGUUCGAGCAAAGGUUUGAGUUUCAGCGUGAAAUCGACAGAACGCGAAAAGGCUCGUGAAAAAGAUACGUCGCCGUGCGCGGAGAUCAAAGUGCGAUGAAAUCGCAGAAGUAAGAGCGGAACGAACGAGUGGAUGAGAAAAGAGAGAAAGAAAGGGUUGGAGAGGCCGGGAGAGAGGAAGGAAGGUUCGUCGCAGUAGUUAAAAGCAGCGAUGCGUCCGAAACGUCGGCGCCACGUCCGUGCGAGAAACGCGAAACGCGUACAUAUUUCUUUCUCUCUUCUGAUUCAGCAAGAAAAAAUAGAUUAUCGCCCGCAAAACGUUAUCCGUAUAAUAAAACGUUGUACGCGAUUCGUUUAACGCUUACAAUACGAGCGCUUUAUGCAUUUUUACGAACGUCGACUAUCUUACUUCGUAUCAUUUUAACGCCACGUCCGAAAUAGCGAGUCUCCUUGGCGAUAUCUUUGCGAAACGGAGAAUACGAAACUCUUUUGUACGUUUCUACGGGACGUUGUAUUUACACGAGUCGAAACGAAGAACGCGCGAUAAACUUUUUCUCGAACAUUUGUUAUUAUUUGCUUAAGAAGAGCACGUUCCGGUCGCACAGGCGCGAGAUCGUUUUUCGUAUUUCAUAUUUUAUGUUUUCAAAAUAAUCCGGGCGUUCGUCGGAAACGUUCCACUUUCCGCGAGGUAAGAAAUUUCAUUACGCCUCAAGGAUACCGAGAAUAACAAACUACGAUUGGAAUGUAAAAUUGGAGCCUACUUAUCGAUACAGCGAUCGUCUUUGUACGAAACUACGGAUAGGCGUUUCUCUCGGGUUCUUUUUCGAAGUUCACGUGGACACGAGAGCGCUCUCUCUCUCUCUCUCUCUCUCUCUCUCUCUCUCUCUCUCUCUCUCUCUCCACUUUCCACAGCCGCCUCCUUGGCUCGUCUUUGGAUCGCCGAAACGGCAUGGAAGUGGGCCGAGAAUUAUUUAUACGUCGCUCGACACAGCUGAUCUCUCUUCUCCUCCUCUUUCUAUCUUUCUCUUUGCCCCCGUAUUUUUGUGCGUCUAGGCGUGGAGCCAGCGGCCAACCGCGAAAAGAUGAAAAGGGAGAGAAGGGAGUAAGGAGAGAAAAAUAUAAAGACGCGCGACGAGGAAGAAAGAAGAACGAAGGGAAAAAAGUAUUCAAAGCCGAGGCGAGGCGAGGCGAGGCGCCCGUAGAUAUUUAUUAUCGGAAACUCGUUACCGCGAAUAAAAAGACGGCGUUACGCGUGAAAACGACGAGAGAAACGAAAGAGGAGCCGGGAUUAAUAAAGUUUCUUCGUACGCGUACCGUCCACGUAGCGAGCCAAGUAUAGCGAUGGAAAAUAUAGCGACGAGGAGUAAGAAAAAAGUAAAAUCUAACGUGCGAAAGAAGAUAAGCGAUAAAGCGUACAUCGAACGUGCUCGUUUUUAAUCGAUCCGCGUCUAUUGCAUUAUCGAUUUGGUAGACGCGAUUUCGAAACUCUUGCCUUUCCUUUCGUCUCGUAUCUUCGUCGUGUGAGAGUGCAAGUAUUCGAGAGGAGUAAAAAUAUGCGAGACGCUCUUUCUACUUCUCGACCUUUCGCGACGCGUACGAGCCCGAUAAACUCGACGUCCACGGUAGAUUGCUUCCUUUGCCAUUGGAAAACGCAAUUAUUAUCGCGAAACGAGAGAAGCACCUUCUCUUUCGAAGCACGGCCCGCACCUCCCGAGCCAUCGCGGGAUUAUAAUCUUUCCUUUGCGGUUUCCUCCGCGUUCAAAGUCGCGUCGCGAGCGAUUAUUUUUCCUUGCGACACUACUCCUGCGAGUCAGCUUUUCUCUUUUUCUCCUCCUCCUCCUCGCUUGUCUUCUCUUCUCUUCUCUUCUCCGUUUUCGCGAUCGAUCACGCUCCGUCGAUCGUCUCGAAAGCGGACGCGUUCUAGCGUGUCUCGGGGAGACCGGAUCGGCUCGAACCCGUCUCGAGAAAGAGGGAAAGGGAACGACUCGCAAAAGUUUCCAUUUCGAAGGGCUUCCUUUCGAAAGAGGUCGCCAGUGACGUCACGACAGGAUGCGCUCGAGAUUGCGUCGUCGGUACCUUCGCGUCCGUUCUCGCGGAAAGCGGAGUGAGCCGCCUGUCGAACGCCUCGAUCCGACGGCCUUUUUCGAGCGGUUGGCUAAGGCUAACCGAUUUUCUUUCCUAGCCGCGUACAAUACGAUAACGACGCGUCGUUUCGUCAUUUUAACGCGAAUUAGACGAUCCGCCGAGCCGAUCGGGUCCUCUCGACGAGAGACGUUCGCGACGUUGUUUCUUCCGUCCUCUUUUCCGCGUUUUAACGCGUUCGCGAUAUACAUUUCGACGCAGGUCGAACGGGUCGAACGAGUUUGUAAUGAGAACGAGCGACGAUAAAAGGAACGAGUCUCGGAAAAACGAAAAGUAAAACGAAAACGUAUUCACGAUAUAAAGAAGAGGCGAGUCGCUGAAAGCAAACGCUUAGGGCGUUUGUUUAUGGCAUGAUAUUUAUUUGGCCGAGGCAUCGAGGCGAUAACGCGAUCGCAAGGCCAUCCUAGGAAACGUAAAAAAAUAAUCGCGCGAUUAUCGCAUCGAUAAUACGCAGAUAUAACGGAAGGACGCUCGUAAGACGGCAAAAAAAGUAGAGUCGUAACUCGGACUCGUAUCCGCGAUCGAACCGAGCCCGUGCACCUUCGAUUCCUUUUAUAACGCGAUAACGGCUUUCAAUGUCAGUAGGUCGCGUUUAACGACAUUUUCAAAGCUCCACGUCGCGUCGUCGAGCUAUCGCGCGCUCCUUCGACGUUUCUUCGGCUUCUUCCUCCCCCCCCCCUCUCUCGUCGCUCAUGAAAAUCUCGGUCGACGCUGGAAGGAAGAGAAGAGGCAAGAAUUCGUCCGGUUGCGUCUCGCUGAAAAUCCAAGGAAUCCAUCGCGGCGCGUUGCGGUGGUCGCGCAACGAGAACCUAAGCGGCUCGGCGUGCCUGCCGGCGCUAUGUAGGUUACUAUCGCAACGGUCUUCCGUGCCUCCUCCUCCUUCUCCUCCGCAUCGAGCCGCUGCCUUUAAGAAGGUCGUUUACGGCGCAACCCGAAUCCACUUUUCUCUUUUCUUCGCUUCCCUUCCCCUCCCUCGUCUUAUCUUCUUUCCGCGCUCGAAUCUCGCGUCGACGAAGGAACGGUCGAAAAGACUCGCGGUAAAUCUUUCCCCCGAUGGCCUCCCUCCGCCCGCGCGUUCGUUUUCCUCUCGAUAGCGAUCUUCGCGCUGGGAUUAACCGUGCGCGAUAACGAGCAACGGGGAAUUACGUUCGCGUGGAUGGAACGUGCCUCGACGUAACGCUCGUUGUAUCUCCAAAAGAAAUCGAAAUAAAAUCAAUCGAACUACGCUCGUUUCGACGUCGAGAAAAACCUGGUAAACAGCGUAAUUGCUCGUUCCGCGUCAUUCCGUCGUCGUCGUCGUCGUCGUUGUUUGCUCGCGACCGACGAGACGCGCAGACGCUUCGAGCAGAUCUCCUUCGUCGGCGCUUCGGAAGAGUCUCGAACGAGCCUGGACGCUGUUCGAUGUUCACGCCCGCGAUCGCCGUGACAAAUCUUUCGUCCGACGUGCGCGCUCUCGAGAACUGGCCUGUGGUUGGUGGGGAAAGCCGAGCUAUGCCACGUGAUCGUCGCUCGCGGGUAUAUAAAGCCGCGCGAUUCGAGCUGGAAUCAGCCACUCGCCGCGGCUGGCUCCGAAGCGCUUCGAUCGAUAUGCCGUUGUCGUUGCGCUUUACCUCGCUUCGUACCUGACACCGCGGUCUCGCGGUGCGGGCAAAGAGAACGAGAGAGAGAGAGAGAGAGAGAGAGAGAGAGAACCUACGAGCGCAUAUAUUAUGCACACAUAUCCGAACGGUAAGAAAGAGCAAGCGAGAGAGAGAGAUAGAAAGACGGCGUAAGAGGAAAGAACCGUUUCGAUAUUCGAUAUCGACGGAAAGAGAAAGAGAAAGAGAAAGGGAAAGAAAAAGAGAGGAGGAGAAGGAGGAAAUAAUAAAGGAGAAAGGCACGUGCAGGCGUGAUCAACGACUUGGGAAAUGUCACGUGUACGAUUCGCUUGGGGUAGGUCACAGAAUUCGACGACCUCUAGAAGAGUGACGUAGGAAGUACGCUCUCAUCCUCUUUCUAAUUCGAUACUAUACCACCGGAACGAGUCGCUACUACCGUCGUCGUCACCAGUGACACCACUUUUAUCGCUCUAGUAACCGACGACGUUUUCGUUGCGUCUUUGUCCUCGCCAAAGAGACGAGCGGACGGCUACCCUCUCGAGCAAAGAGUGCAAAAAAUAUAUAUAUAUACGCGCGCGCGCGCGCGCGACAUACACGCGUGUGCGUACGCAUAUGCAUGCGGCAGGCAGGCCGUCGUUCAGGGCGCGCGCGGUUCGACGGACGAGUCCUCGAGAAUUCUUGGGCGUGGUUCGCCAAACGGAAGAGGACGACGCACGCUGGACCAUCGACCAGCGGAUCCUUGCGUUAUAGGUCGUUGUUCGGGUACGACGGGUCGGGGAAAAAAAACGGAGAGAGAAAGAAUCCGUAUCCGUUCGAAGAUACCUCGAACACGCCCGUAUACAAUAUUACGUGUUACGUGCGAGCGCGUAAGGAGGAAAGCGACAGUCGCAACGGAGACGCGCAUCGAUCCAAGGUCCGCGAGUGAGCUCCUCCCCCUUGCCUUCGUUCGCCUCCUUUUCUUUUUUCCCUCUCGUUCUUCAAGGUGAACUCGAGUUGCCGACUACCAAAAGAGUCGAAAGGAGAAAGACGAUCGCGCGUUUUCGCGAAUACCGCGUAGUCAUUGGCGCUGUUGAUCCUCGUGACUCGGAAUAUAGAGAAACGAAGAGAGGACUUCCGAACCGCUUCGAACGUACCGGUUAUACGUGCACCUAGAACGGAGGAACGAUGGAAAAUGGUCAAAUUUCGUUCUUCGUAAGGACGCUUCGCUCCUGCAUUCGCCGUAAGGGCCGAAGGAGAAAGAAGCAAUUUUCUAUCGCGUCCAACGAUUUCUGCUUCCUCCUCUCGUCAUUCCCUUCUCGCUCGCGAAUCUCGACGCGCGUUGCGCUUCGACCGAGUCUUUGUUUUAAAAUAGCCUAAAUCGUUCUCGAGCGGAUAGAGAGCGAUGGGGAUAGGGAGGAGGGAGGGGGAGGAGGAAAGUAGAAGCCGGGGCGCGUCGCGGAUAAUAAUAAAGAACGGCGUUUGCGUGGGAGGAGGAGUCGUCCGAUUCGUUCCAGUAAAAUCCCGCUUUGUCUUAUUUUUACUCGACUCGGACGCGCGCGUCGUCGCGAGCUCGCCUUUAGUUCUCUGUUGUCUAUGAUCGAUAAGAUUUCCUCCUCCUCGCUUCCGAGCCGAAUCGAAGAAUCUCGUAUCGAAAAUAUUGGAAGGGAAAGGAUCGUCGCGAACGAAAGAGGAACGUUCCACGGUCGUCGAAGCGCGUUUGCCGAUCCUCGAUGUCGCUCCGAGGUCGGUUCUCGCCGAGGAAAACGAGAGAGAGAGAGAGAGAAGGCUAGCUCCGUGCGCGCCCGUCUCUCGAUGGAUGCGUUAUAAGGCCGUUUCCACGCUCUCUGGACUUUCGUCCGUGUGGGAGAGCAAUCUCCGCGAUAGAGAGCUGGCAAAAGGCACCACCUCUGCGGCGGUCGCUCUGAGAAAUCCGAUCGUAAUUACUUCCGAGUCGGUGAGGCCUUCUACGGACUCACCGUGAAAACGGAAAUUCACUUUCUUUGCCUUGGCAUCGUGCUACGGCUUUCCCCCGCGCCCCCUCUAUUUCUCUCCCAAGCGCGUUCCCACUUCUCGACGCGCGUUUCUUCCAUUAAAAGUUUGCUUCGUUCGACGGUCGACUGAUUUGCUCGAAUUUAUACCGUACCUGCGCGUUCUACUUUUCCUUCGGAUAGAUAUCGCAACGCCGAUAAGCUCUACCCCCUCCCCCCCCUCUCUCUCUUCGCCGCUCUAAGAAUGAUGCAACGGUCUUGUUUUUCUACGCAAUGAAGAUAAAAAACGAAAGAGACGAAGACUCGCGCUCGACGAGAUAUACGACGUGCUCAGCAACUGUCGUUCCCAUCCACGCAAUCCAGCCAUGGCUCGGCGGGCUUCACCUUCAGCCUGUCCGGCAAUCAGGACAUCGAGGGUCCUCAGGGUGGCUUCGAGUGCAUUCAACAAACAGGUCCAACGAGUCUGGAAAGCCUCGGAGCGUUGCCGUGUAAAAUGCGGAUACAGGCGAACGACGACGUCUACGAGACAACUAGACAUCGAAUGGCAGUGGCGGAAGAAAAUAACAAGAACAAAUGCACCAGGGUGAUCAAAGCGAACGGACCGGACAUCGGUCGAAAGGUGAAAGUUAAAAGUACAGGGCGAACGAUGCCACUGGCAUCGAACAAUCCGAGACAUCGGGAACCGUCCUCGUCGAACGUUCAGCCAUCGUCCAUCGGUGGUAAUCAAUCGAGAUUGUCUUCCACCUACAAACCGGCUCCUAGCAGUAAUCCAUCGAUCGUUCGUAAUCAACCGGAGAAAAAGGUCUCCGACAUCAUGCGCAGACCUCUCAAAGAACGGCUGAUACACCUACUUGCUUUGCGACCAUACAAGAAACCCGAGUUGUACGAUCGCAUCAGCAGAGAAGGAAUAAAGGAACGCGAACGCAGUAGCAUGACAACGAUUCUGAAGCAAGUGGCCUUCAUGCGGGACAACACGUAUCAUCUGCAUAGGUACGUUUGGAACGACGUCCAGGAAGAUUGGCCGUAUUACACGGAACAGGAAAAGGCCAUGUUGAAGAGGAGGAAACCUCAGAACCUUACGCCACCUGGAUCCAGCGAUGGUGGAUCUAGCGGUAGCGGACAGUCACCGAAUUCCGUUCAUCCGGGUUCGCCUCCGGCGAUAACGGGGCCCCCACCAAAUCUUCUUAGCAAGAGACCUGGCUAUUACCAGGGUAACGACGGUCUGCCGACGAAGAAGCCACGAAUAUCGCAUUAUAAAAAGCCCGAACCUAGCUCGAACGCAUCCUCGUCUUUGUCUUCCACUUCUUCCAAAGCCGGUGAGAGCGGAAGGACGACAGGUAGUGGUGUUGUCAGUGGUGGUGUGGUCGUCGGUGCCGGUAUUGGUGGGAAUGCCUCUAACGGUAGUGGCAUCGGUGGUAGUGCUAGUGCUAGUGUAGGUACUAGCGGUAACGCUAGCUUAUUUGAUGUCUGGGACCAGAGACAGCAGCAGCAGCAGCAGCAGCAGCAGCAGCAGCAACAACAGCAGCAGCAGCAGCAGCAACAACAACAACAACAACAACGCGAACGCCGUACCGAUUAUCGGGCCGAAAGAACAUCGAACAGUGAAGUGUUACGAGGUGGCGGAAGCCACGCCAGCGGCAAAACUUGUUCACUGACGAUGAGUAACAACAACAACAACGGCGACGCGAGCAAUCAAAACGACUCCGGUAUCUCGAGCACCGAGAGCAAUACCACGAACGUCAACACCGUCAGCCAUAAUUCCCAUAAUAGUCUAACUCAUAGUAAUUCAACGUGCAACAGUCGUAAUCACCACGGUGUCGGUGCUGCCGGUGGUAGCGGCGGAGGUGGCGGUGGCGGUGGCGGUAGUGGCGGUGGUGGUGGUGGUGGUGGUGGUGGUAGUGGUGGUGGUGGUAGUGGUGGCAACGGCGGUCCUAGCAGCAAAUCGACGUCGGCUAAUAGCGAAAACAGCAUUGGUUCGAGUGUAGAUCAUAUUGCGCGCAACGUGGCUAAUUCCACGAGCUGUUCCGGAAACGUCGCCCUGGGUGGAGUCAGUGUCGGUGCUGGUGGUGGUACCAAUAGUACUAGCGGUGGUUACAGUGCUAUGCCAAACGGUACGACCAACGAGCGAAAAGACAGAAGCGAUCGGGUUCGAGGCGAUAGAGAGAGAGAAUCCAGAAAGAGAAAUAGUGCCAGCAACGGCGGCACGUCGCUCUCGGCCAUGGAUCACAAUCUCGCGAAUCUUCCUGUCUCCGAGUACAACGAUAACGCCGAUGACAACACCGUCACGACGUCUACGUGCAACGUCGAUUUGCCGGAUAGCCCCAAGUUUACCGACUACCCUAGCUACCUCGCAUAUUAUACGACAAUAAGCAGCCUGGAACAGAGACGACGUUAUAAAGCUGAAUUUAACGCGGACUACGAGGAAUACAAAAGAUUGCACGCUCAAAUGGCGAUGGUCUCGGGACGUUUCAAGCAAUUGGAGGAGCGCCUGAAGGAAGAGGAAGCGAUGGGCAAUGUAGAGGGAUGCAAGGAGGUCAAACGGCAAAUUCUUAUGGAGUAUAACGAAACGAAGCGCGAUCCGAUGCAAAGAGAGACGAAACGUCGUUUCCAUUAUCUGCACGAAAAGUUGAGCCAUAUAAAGAGACUGGUCCUAGAGUACGAUACGCUAAACAGUAGCGGAAGUAUGAUGCUCAUGACGGUGAUGGCCAACCGCAAGAUGGGUGACACGGGCGAAAUGGAUACUAUACAUUACUGACAUACGAUGAAAAGGCCGGCUUUCUUUGACUACGUCUGUUCUCGGUUGUCGGUACGCUACAGUCGCGACUUGGUUCUUGUCGCCGCAGAAUUUGCAUUUUCUCGGCAAAGUUGCAAGGCUGAACUUCUUAACGGUCCUUAUGGUUCCUGGAUUAAUUAUCGCCGAAAAACUAAACUUAACUGAACUGAAUGGGGGUUGCGCGACUCGAAAACGAACGCCGUUCGACGAAUCCUCCUGCCUGUAUUACGAGAAUCGAUAGGGAGAACGCGUUUCCAAUUUUAUUCUCCAGUUUUUCGACUUUCUCCAUUUGCGCAGAGAGCGCAUCGCGAUCGAACUGGCGUUUUGAAUUCGACCAAUGCUAGCUUCUCGGUUUAUCGCAGAUUAUAUAAAACACGAAAAGGCUGACGACAAUCGGUACGUUUAAAUGGCAAAGAUACAAAAUAAAAAAGAAAAGAUAAAAAAAAAACACAAAAAAAAAGAUAAAGAAACAAGAGAAGGGAGAGAAAGAAACGAUCGGCUCUAACACCGAGACGGGCUGCGGUGUGCGGCGGGCGGGGCGAGGCGGCGGAUAAGGCGGAAGAUUUUUCUAGAUACGCGCGUGUUACGUUGCGAGAAGAUGAAGAGUAAAGGAGAUAAGUAAGUACAUAAUAUCGCGCCUCUCGUCUCACGGCCACGACGACGAACUUGGAAAAGUCAAAGAAUGACGGGGCAUCGAAGAGAGAAGGCAAAGUGAGAGAAGGAAAAAAGUAGUUUUAACUCUAAUAAAGUUACUUACCGUGCGCACGCGUCCAAGUGUGUCGUCCAGUUUAAAAGUUUUAGGUAGAUUAAAAGGAAAAAAAAAAAAUAUAUAUAUAUAUAUAUAAAUCUAAAAUUGCGGAAGAUAGAAGAGGGUCCAAGAGGUACUCUUGGGUUGAUCGCGUGCCAAGCGUUUUCAAAACUACGUAUUCCACCUUUCUGCCGAAAGGAAACGAAAGAAAAAAUGGACAAAAAUAAACGAGCACUAACAUCGUUUAGCACGCGAAUCUCCCAGGAUUCAUAUACAUUUAUAUUUACGACCGUAUAUGCUCGUACUUUCUUUAGGACAGAUAGACGAAUAGACGGAGAGAGGAAAAGAAGAGAAAAGGAAGGGGCUGGGGGGUAGGGGGACAGAGUACGUUUUGCUCUGCCGCUUCGCGUGCGUGAAAAGGAGAGAGAAAGAAAAAGCAUGAGAAAUAGUUGAGAUGAUUUGUCAUAGACUAUCGAAUUGUGUCGUGCACGGCGGACAUGUAAAGCACAUUACAUAUCGUGCAUAGAAAAAAUCAACAAGAGAAAUCAGCGUUUUGCCUUGGACAGAUCGUAGUGUAAUCGAAGCUUAUUGUGAUCGCUUAAAGUUACAGAAUCUAUCUUAUUGUAUAUCUUUUACGAUUAACUCCUGAUACAUAAUGCAUUUUAUCUUAUCGAUACUAUGCGCGUCCACGAUUUGACUAUUUCUUUCGCGUUCAUAUAUAUCUAUAUAUAAAACUUUCUUCGUAUUACUAUUGUUAAAACGCAUCAAGAUUUCUUCUUUCGUUAGAUCUUGUAAGUAAUCCUGUUUCCUUAGAAGUAAUUGUUUCCAUCGUUUUUGAAUUAGAAGAGAGAUAAUUUUGUUGCUUUUUUCUCUACUUUAUGGACCUGUUUUUAUAAUAUUACGAUGGGAGAUGCAGCAUAUAUAUAUGUAUAUGUAUAUACAUAUGUACAUACAUGUGUAUGUAUGUAUGUAUGUAUGUACGUGUGUACGUACGAACGUAUGUAUGUAUGUAUGUAUGUAUGUAUGUAUGUAUGUAUGUAUGUAUGUAUAUAUGUAUAUGUAUGUAUGUAUGUAUGUAUGUAUGUAUGUAUAUGACAAAACACACGAAUAGCAUAUUGUACGCGUCACAUAAAUAUGAGCGAUCAAUCGUGUAUUGAUUCUUUCCCGUUGAAAUCUGAGAUAUUCUCAGCAAGGUACUUUUACCGUUUAUCUCUUGUUUAGGAAAUAAAUUCUUUACAUCUUAUUUCAUUUUAUUACAUUUUUAUAACCUGUGCAUAUAAAAUAUAAAAGAAAAAAAAGAAGGCCUGUCCAAUAAUCCGUAAGAUUAGAGUUUCCACAUAAUCUAUUAAGCAUCCCUUAGUGCGAGCAAAAAUAUUUCUGACCAAAGGUAUACAUGUGCCUAAAAUUAUUAAGACGGGAAAAAAUUAAUAAUCGUCGAUUGUUCUUUGUUGCUCGCCGUAUUUUUUGUUUUCGAUAGAGCUAUGUAAAAUCGACCAAACCGUCCUUCGAGAACUCAAGGGACAAGAAACAGCUUAGUUAAAUGUCUAUUAUAUCUAUGACUAUUAGGAACAACUAUUUUCUGCUACAUUGCUUCUGUUUAUAUAAGGAACGGAAAAAGAAAAGGCAGUGAACAUCAUUGGAAAAAAGAAGCCGUCUGCGCAAGCUCAGUCGCUUUAUCCUCCACUUCCAAAUACACUGAUUUUAUUUUGGAAAAAUACAUACAUACAUAUGUAUAUAUUUAUAUAUAUAUAUUUAUUUAUUUAUAUGUAUAUAUAUACAUAUAUAUAAUUAAUAUAUAUAAAUAUAUACACACACACACAGACAUAUAUAUAUAUAUAAUUUUCCCUUCCAUUAGUUAUUUGGGCCAUUUCGAACGUUGCCAAGUAAUAACCUUGCCUUGCAUUUUUCUCAUAGCGUCAUUAUUUCCGUCUUCCUUCAUUCAAAGGUUCGACCGACAUUCCCUUUUUCCAAUCAUCUUCGUUUCUUCUUUUGAUGGAACUAGAAAGAAGAACACACUUCUAAUAGUAAUUCUAAAUGUCUCUAUUCUUACAAAAAAAGUGUUGCGAUAUAGCAUCCACUUUUAUCGUAAAAAUCGUAAAAAACGAAUUAGCCUUGCUUUAUUUGAUACAAACACACACACACACACACACACAGACAUAUAAUAUAGCGCGCGUGUGGCAGAAGCAGAUAUGAAGUCGAAUACGGCGCAUAUGAUCCUCGUACGAUGGAAAU